AUGGAAGAAAUUGAACAUAGUCUUUCUCGUUUAGCAAUUGCUAAAGCGAUUAAAACGCCGUUGGAUGGGGAAUUAAAUGCCGAGUCUUGGAACAAAAGCAUUAUUUUCAACCAACCAUUCAUCAGGGACUUACAUAAGCAAAGACAACAGCUGCUAUCACAGCAACAUCAAAGCCAUUGUGAUGAGACGAGAACGAGUGAUAAUCCAGUUUCAAAAAAGCAACAGCAUUCUCGUUGUCAGCACGCUCGAAACCUGUCUUCAUCAACGUCUUCCCAAGUCUCAGGGAAAGAAUCUGCCCGUAGCCUUAAAUGGAAACAGCAUACUUGCUUACCAAGCGAUGAUGAAGAGGAUGAAGAUGAAGAUGAGGAUGAUAAUGAUACAAAUGAUUCUGAGCAGGAGGAGGGAGAUGCUGACAAACCUGAUCAUGACCUAUCAUUUUAUAAGUUGAAGCGCCCUGCUCCUCUACCUAAAAUAAGUACUUCGCCUACAUUAUCACAAAAAAGUAAGUGCGGUCCUCCUAGCCUCACAGGGUCUUCUUCUGACUGCCUUACAAACAGUCCAUCGACCUAUACCGCUCCUCUAACAGACGCGGAAGAAGAGGAACUGAACAACAAUUGGUUUGGUGUAGAAGAUGAUGUCCCUACCGAUAAUACCUUUCAUCCUUUACAAAAUCAGCAGCCACAGCAACCAAAAAUGAAGAGGCCGGUAUCUAUGGACACAAAUGAUGCUACGUUGUACAUGCACCAUUCUUCUAAAUUAUCUUACCAGCAAUACCUUCAGAAGCUACACUAUCAACAGCAGCAAAUGCAGUUUCAACAAUUUUUACACCAUCAAAGCCAGCAGCAGCAUCAGCAUCAGCCACAGCAAUAUUAUCCAACGUGUAUACCUUACGCUGUUGCUCCACCCUCUCCUAUGAUGAUGAUGAUGAUGAUGCCCGUGCCCUAUUCUGCGCCUUCUUCUAUGUCGAAAAAUCCUCAUCCUGCCCAUGCUCAUUAUUGUCAGCAGCUUCCGUAUCCCGCUUCCCCUUCUCGUCAACACUCUCAGUAUGCAAAUGCUACUCAAAACACAGUCAAAUCGGGAAUGUCUCAUAACAACACUAGUAGCAAGAAAAACAACAUUAGUAAGAGGCAUUCCUCCGGUAGAUAUAGUAGUACAGACAUGAGGCGUAGGGAAGAGAUGAAUUUGAACAAUAUAAAAAGGAAUAAUACCAAUAUUUUGUCGCCACACAUGACCAUGAUGUCCCCUCAUCUGCUACAGCAACAGCAGCAUCCACUUGCGGCAGUUCAGGUACCACCAGGUUCUACAGCAAUGCCAUCUUCGCAUUUGCGCAAAGGCGGCAGAUACGCUUCUUAUAUCUAUUAA